UUGGUUUAUGUAUUUUAAUAGAUUUGAAAAUCCAACCCAAAUCAAGUGUUAUUGGUUCUAUCAUUUUAAAACCUAAUUUCAAAUCUGUUGUUAUUGGUUUUAUGAUUUUAAAACAGAUUUUAAAAUCAACUGUUAUUCAAUACUAAUAAUUUGUUUGAGGAUUUGAUUUUGAUUUAGAUUUGAGUGGAUUUGAGAAUAUUUUUAAGAGUAAAAUACAAAGGAUCAAAUAUUGAGUUAAACCAUUGGAUUUGCAUAAUUGUUUUUUCUUUUCCAAUUCCUUAUAUUUUUGUGUAUGGUCCCGUGGGUUGGACUCCACAACGUGCUAGUUCCUUUGACAAACUUGACAAAAUUGGUCAAGGUACUUAUAGCAGUGUAUACAAGGCUCGUGAUCUUCUCAACAACAACAAGAUCGUUGCACUUAAAAAGAGUCCGGUUCGAUCUUAACGAUUUAGAAAGCGUUAAGUUUAUGGCUAGAGAGAUCAUUGUCAUGAGGAAGCUUGAUCAUCCCAAUGUACUUAAGUUACAAGGCUUGAUCACCGCCUCUCUUUUGUCUUCUCUUUACUUGGUUUUCCAGUACAUGGAUCAUGAUCUCGUUGGACUUGCCUCCAUUCCCGGUAUCAAGUUCUCUCAGCCUCAGGUACUCACUGGUUUGUGGUAUAAUAUAAUGUUUCUUAGGUGGAACAACUGCAAAAAAUAUUCAAGCUGUGUGGUUCACCAACAGAGGAUUACUGGAGGAAACUGAAGCUACCACCUUCAGCUGCGUUUAAAUCCGCGCUUCCUUACGGACGACGUGUAGCAGAGAUGUUUAAGGACUUGCCUAUGAAUGUGCUUUCUCUUUUGGAGGCUUUACUCUCCAUAGAUCCUGAGCAGAGAGGCUCUGCAGCUAUAGUUCUUGAGACUGAGUAGCUGGUUUUUAACUUUAUGUUAGACACCGCUAUCUUUACUUUUGUGUGAUUUGAUGAUAACACAUGGUUAUUGUGUAGAGAGGCUCUGCAGCUAUAGUUCUUGAGACUGAGUAGCUGGCUUUUUGUCAAAUGUAUACAUUAUCAAAUAUGAAGGCAGAAUUUUUUGGACAUCAAUAAACUUCA